AUGUCUACGAAACGCCCUACUCCCCGUGUAUUUCUCAUAAGACAUGGCGAAACGGAAUGGUCGCUGAACGGAAGACAUACUGGACGUACAGAUAUUCCUCUCACAGACAGAGGUGUGUCUCAAAUCAGUAGCCGAGCCGGCAAGGCGAUCGGACCGGGCAAACUCAUUGAUCCAGCCCAUAUCGAAUACGCAUUCAUUUCUCCGCGCCAACGCGCCUCAAAGACAUUUGAGCUCUUAUUUGCUAGUACGCCCGACGGACCUCCAGCCCACGAAUUAACCGAGGAGUGCCGAGAAUGGGACUACGGCGAGUACGAGGGACUGAAGCCGGCCGAGAUCCAGGAAGUCAAGCCUGGGUUCUUGAUUUGGCGUGAUGGGUGUCCAAGCGGCGAGUCUCCUGAGGAAAUAACUGCGCGGAUUGACGGUGUUAUCGAGAAGGUCCGUACCAUACAUAAGAAAUACUUUGAGGAGGGUAUCGGAAAGCGAGACGUGGUUAUUGUCGCUCAUGGUCCGUUCUCGGCUCGCAGUUGGCCAUGGUUUUGGACAAAGGAUUCUGACUAA